AUGGGUCCGGCCUUGGGAAGAAGUUCGUAUAUUGACGAUAUCACUCAUGCGGCGUCGACCUGGGGCCAACUCUGUGAGGAGCUGGACGCGUUGUUAUACAGACUACGAUACUGGAAUAUCUCUGUAAGCUUACCGAAAAGUGAAUUUGGAAAGUUGACCAUCCCAUUCCUCUCUCAUGCAGUGAGUGCGGACGGGAUCAGAGCCUUGCCGAAGAUUGCCAAAGGCAUAGAUGACUUACCUUUCCCGUCGACGUACAAGGGAGUACUGUCCUUAUUAGGAAGUCUGAACUAUUACAAUAAGUUUAUUGAAGACUUGUCAGGAGUUGCCGCUGUGCUCUACGAACUAGACGAGGAACGUGAACGUGCCGGACGGAACCUGGUAGUUGCAAAGGAGUAUUUCGAGAUAUUGAAACGUAAGAUCGUGUCAAUCCCGUUACUGCGACAUCGAGACAUAACCUAG